AUCCAUUCCCUUUCACUCCACUCCUUCUGUGCUUUGCCAGUGCUUUGCCAGUGAUGGUGGUGACGGCCUGACUCGACGACUUGCCAACAACGCAUCCAUCUACGACCACUCCCACGUCCACGCCCGUUCGUGCCGGUGGAGACGCACCCUUCUUUGCUGUCCCAGGCUCCCAGCCGCAACCUGUGACAACCUGUGAUCCUGUUCCCACCCGAGACUUGUAGCUUUUCUUCAAUCGGAGCCUCCUACAUCCUCGCCCUCCCCCUCUGGCCAGUCCAGCCUGUUCUGGGAUCCGCUUUGCUUCUGUCAAGCAUGCUCAUUCGAUCUCGUACUGUCCCUGUGGCCGAAUCAAUACCCUCGUCCUUCCGCGAGGUCUGUCACGAGCCGCACCGCCAUUGCUAACAGCCUUGUCUGCGCCUUCGCCUUAGAUUUCAGUCACCCAUCCUUUCGCGGCCACCAUGGCUGGUCGACAGAAUCCAAAGCGGUCAAAGCCAGAUGAGUCCGAUUUCGCCGAGUCCUCCACCAGCGACUACGCCCUCACUUACUUCAUCCCUGGUGAGGAUAUCGACACGCAUGUACUCCUGCACUACAUUGGCACGUGGGUCGACCGUGCCGCAAAGAUACGGACGGGACGACACCCAACCGAAACCAAACGCACCGGCUUCAAUGUCACUUCUGAGACCCCCCUCACUGCCAAAGGACUGCAAGAUAUUGUCAACGAUUCAAGAGAUUGGGACAAUGAAAGACAGACGAAAGCCUUUAGGAAAGAACAGUACCCCUACGCAGAGUCCAAGACGGCCGCGAGGAGGGCAAAAUUCGGCCCAUCCGGUCCCUCCAAGGUCAGCUUGGGCCAGUCCCAGGACUCUCGCAGGCGUGAGAUGACGACCGAACCCAUGUCACAUUCAGACCACAUGCGUUAUCAGACAGGAAGUGUACCUGGCCCAUCUGGUGUCUCCGUAGCUCAGUAUCAGCCACAAACCCAGACUCAUUCGUAUCAUGGAGGUGGGGUCCACUCACUGCCUUCGACCUCGAUGCCACAACCUGGAGCCCACACCUAUUACAAUUAUAACUACUCCUCCACUCCCGCGCCAGGCGGCGGUGACAUGCCCUCACACCACACUCCAACUCAAUAUCGUUCUGACCAGCAAUAUGGCCGGUACUCCCCGCCGGCGAGGUCUAACGAGGACCCUCCACCUUACGAGCACACCUCAAGACAUUCCCUUGCUCCACCGAAACAGCCCGGCCAGCCUGAACCUGAUCAACCAGACCCCGCUGCGUUUGACAUGCUCAAGACUGGGUCACAAAUGAUGAGAGGCAACCCCACAGCGGAAGACUAUCCCCCGACUCGCUCGGUGGAGCGCAGAGGAACCCAGGACGAUCCCCGGAGACGCCGUUGAAGCCUUGUUCUUAUUUCCACGAGUUGGCUGCGUGUCUUGCAAUAGCAUUCUUUCCCUCUAAACCGGGGAAAGCUGGUGUUGGUUUAAUUGUCGCAUACAGCACGGGGGGGCCAUACAAGCAACAUUGAUGAAUUUUCGGGAAGAUGUCUCCUCCCAUCUCGCGCUGACUGGUCUCUGUAGUGCUUGGUCUGCUUUGUGUGUGCAGCGUCCAAAGUUUCGAACUGUAAUGGGGCUAUUGAUUUGCAAGAGACCAGGCUUUGCCUACCAUGUGCACCCUGCAACUCCAGAUUUCUGUGCGGCCGCUUGAAUCAUUUGGUCACUAGGUCUAAAGUUGAUGUAGACAGUCAUAGCAAACAUUCGUGCAAGGACUUACCCAAAGCCAAGAAAGAGAUGCCUU